AGAAGAUAUAGGUUAAUUUUGAAAUUGUUUACAUUUGAAUAAAAACCCAAUUAAAAGACAUUUCUACGUAAAAUUUAAGUAGAUUAUACUAAAAAUGGACCGUUUUGUAACCGAGGCUCUUUUGUAUACCUCCGAUUUUGGCGAAGACUCUUACUUAUACAACAGCAGCAGCAGCACUGAUAGCAGUGACGACAAUGAGGACUCCUGCUGUAAAUGUUCCGGUUCAAAAGACACACAAAUUGCACGUUCUCCUAACAAUAAGCAAGUAAAAGUCGAUGGGUUCGUUGAAAUCGAAAUACCAAUGUUAAACGCUUAUGACUUUAAAAACAGCUUUAGGAUGUCGAGAAGUACCUUUGAGAAAGUGGUUGAAAUGAUUGGAGAUAGCUUCAUAAGUGAUAACAGAGGAGGCAGAGGAGAAAGAGUCAGUCCAGAAAAAGCAACUUACAUUUUAUUGUGGUAUUUAGGUAAUCAAGAAACGUUAAGGCAAAUAUCAGAUAGAUUUAAAAAGUCUAUAACUUGUAUUCGUAAAGUCAUUAAAAUAGGUACCAGAACGUUAAGUUUAAAAAUGUGCGAACAAAUUGUGUGGCCCUCGAAGCAAGAGUACCCCAGCAUCGCAAGUAUGUUCCAAAAUGUGUGCCAUUUGAAAAAUUGCAUUGGAGUAUUGGGAGUUUCGCAUAUCAAAAUACCUAAACCCAAAAUCAUGUCCUCCUCACAUUGCUACGUAGCUCUUCAAGGUACUGUGACUAUAAACAAAAAAUUUAUCAACAUAUAUGUGAGCGAAGGAUCGGACCAGCCAGAAAGUAUACUAGAAAAGUCGCCCCUGCAAGAAGAGGCCGCAAAAGACAUAUUUGGGGAAUAUUAUUUAGUUGGUUACAAUGACUAUAUGAAUCGAUCUUGGUUAAUACAGCCAUUCAGAAAUGAUGAGAUAUUGUUGCCUGCUCAGCAAUUUUUCAACAAUUGCCACGAAACUGCUUCGCUAAUUUUUCCAGAAUCUUUAGGAGUUCUAAAAGGUAGGUUUCAGAGAUUGCAACACUUCGAAAACAAAGAUGUGCCAAUAAUAGUGAGCUGCAUAGAAGCCGCUUGUACUUUACACAAUCUAGUUAUCGACAGCGAGGAAGAUGACACCGAAGAGUUCAAUUUCCAAGAUUCUGGAAUAUUCAGAGACAACGUUUAUGUGGAAUCUCUCGACGAAUGCGAUUACAGCACGAGAAUGAAAAUUUUUCAAGAACUUGUAAGAAGUAGCGAUGUUAAUUCUUAACUACUUUGUGCAAUAAAAUAUCUGUUAAGA